UUGUACUCCAUUCAAAUUCAAAAAUGCAAACUUCUCCCCGUAUUAUAGACCAUUCAUUCUUGUUGUGCAAGUUUCCUUUCGUGAAUCUUGUUCCCGCAAAAUCUCAUCCUCAACAUUUCCCCCAUAUAUGUGCACCCUAAUCCGAAUUCUCAAGCCACGGAUCUAUCAAUGUUUCUUCAAAUCACAUUUCAGAUCCGCUAAUUCGACACAUCUAUCUAUGUAAUUGGAUUUUAUCCAUCAGAAAAUUCAAAGAUUUGUUCUUUUUGUCUUGUGUUUUGACUGCGUAAUUUUUACUUGUUACCAAUUCGGGCUGUGCCUUGCGAUGAAAUUCGUGGCUACGAAGCCGUGUUUUCGAUUUCUGAUCCAUCGGAGCAGCACGUCCAUGUUUGAGUUUUCGUCAAAUAUCAGGGUGUUUCGCCCCUGCUUGCCACCUCUGUCGGGAUGCGGGGGCAUAAUUCGUGGGUGCCAUAGCCAGACGUUAUAUGUUCCGCGUUUUAAUUGGGGUAAACCGAGGGAUCUCUGGAGGCCUUGUAGUAGUAAGCGUUUCCAUUUGAUUUCCUGUAUUGCUUCUAAUGUUCGGGAAUUCUCCACCUCCUUCAGACCCAGGGCUAACGAUAAGAAUUUCGAUAGAAUCUAUGCUCAGGGAGGGCUUAACGUGAAGUCCGCAGUGGUGGUAGAGGAGGAGAUUGGCCAGGCUGAAAAUUCUUUUCCUAAUGGCGAUGGGAUUGAAAAAAGUCAGCAUUUUGAUGGACUGGAAGUUUACAAAAGUGCCAUUGUGAAUAACCUUAAAGAUGAAUCUGAGGCUGAAAAGGAGGCAUGGAAGUUGCUGGAAGAAGCUGUUGUUAGGUACUGUGAGAGUCCAGUUGGGACAUUGGCUGCAAAUGAUCCUAAUGAUAAGCUACCCCUUAAUUAUGAUCAAGUGUUCAUAAGGGAUUUUGUUCCAUCAGCCCUUGCAUUUUUACUCAAAGGGGAGAAUGAUAUAGUGAAACAUUUUCUUCUUCAUACCCUGCAACUACAGAGUUGGGAGAAAACAGUUGACUGUUACAGUCCAGGGCAAGGGCUGAUGCCUGCAAGCUUUAAAGUGAGAACAGUGGCUAUUGAUGAAAACACGUUUGAAGAAGUUCUUGAUCCUGAUUUUGGGGAAUCAGCAAUUGGCCGUGUUGCACCUGUUGAUUCAGGCUUGUGGUGGAUCAUCUUGUUGAGAUCAUAUGGGAAGAUCACCGAUGACUAUGCUUUGCAGGAAAGAGUGGAUGUACAGACUGGCAUUAAACUAAUAUUGAAUUUGUGUUUGUCGGAUGGCUUUGAUAUGUUUCCUUCUUUGCUAGUAACUGACGGAUCUUGCAUGAUAGAUCGACGGAUGGGGAUUCAUGGCCAUCCACUUGAGAUUCAAGCCUUAUUUUACUCGGCUCUUAGGUGCGCCCGUGAAAUGCUUGCUUCAGAUGAAGGAUCAAAGAAUUUGGUGAGAGCUGUCAGCAACAGGCUUAGUGCUUUAUCAUUUCACAUCAGGGAAUACUACUGGGUUGAUAUGAAGAAGAUAAAUGAAAUAUACAGAUAUAAGACAGAAGAGUAUUCCACAGACGCCACUAACAAGUUCAAUAUCUACCCUGAACAAAUUCCCAAUUGGUUAAUGGAUUGGAUUCCGGAGGAAGGAGGCUAUCUCAUCGGGAAUUUACAGCCAGCUCACAUGGACUUUAGGUUCUUCACACUAGGAAACCUUUGGUCAAUUGUCUCGUCUCUUGGUACCCCAAAACAAAAUGCAGCUAUCCUAAACUUGAUGGAUGCUAAAUGGGAUGAUCUUGCGGGUCAGAUGCCUCUUAAGAUAUGUUAUCCUGCUCUAGAGUCCGAAGAGUGGCGUAUAAUCACAGGUUGUGAUCCAAAGAAUACGCCCUGGUCAUAUCAUAAUGGGGGAUCUUGGCCUACACUUCUCUGGCAGUUCACACUGGCAUGUCUAAAGAUGGGGAGAACAGAUUUGGCUAGCAGAGGCGUUGAGUUGGCCGAGAAAAGGCUCCAGCUUGACCACUGGCCUGAAUAUUAUGACACGAAAAGUGGGAAGUUCAUAGGUAAACAAUCCCGGCUUUACCAAACCUGGACAAUAGCUGGUUUUCUGACAUCCAAGAUGCUCUUGAGAAAUCCCGAAAUGGCUUCUUUCUUGUUCUGGGAAGAGGACUUGGAUCUUCUGGAGACAUGUGUCUGUGCACUAAGCAAAUCAAAGAGGAGGAAGUGUUCCCGUGGUGCCGCCAAGUCUCAGAUUCUGGUCUAGCCGCAGGCUGCUUUCGGUCUUUCUCAAAGAUUUGAUCACACACUGUAGUAGUUAUAGGGUAUACGUGUAUAACUGAUAAAUGCUUUGAGGGUAUUUUUGACCUCGAAUGAAAAAGAAAAUGAUUCUUUUAGGUGAGUCCAAUUGGCAUUGUUAUUUGUAAAGCCAAGUGAUUUAUAGCGUAGGUGAUUGGCUUAAUAUAGUAUAGCAGGCAUAAUAAACUACAACUAUAUUGUAUUUGUGACUCAGUUUAGCAGCGAUAAUAGAUUGCAACUAUCUUGUAUUGUGAUUCAUGAUGUUGUACGUUCUUUACUUGUAUCU